AUGACUCGACGCGGCAUCUUCGUGCUCUUCGAGGGCGUGGAUCGCUGCGGCAAGACGACGCAGACCAAGCUGCUGCAUGAGGCGCUGAACGCCUCGUCCCCUGCGCAGCCCUCGGCGCUGCUGCACUUCCCGGACCGCAGCACGGCCAUCGGCCAGAGCAUCCACUCGUACCUCACGAGCUCCGAGGCCAUGGACGACCACGCCAUCCACCUGCUCUUCUCGGCCAACCGCUGGGAGGCCGCCAGCAAGAUCGAGAGCCUCUUGGCCAGCGGCCAGCACAUCAUCAUGGACCGCUACUCGUUCAGCGGCGUGGCCUUCUCGGCCGCCAAGAGCGGCAUGUCGCUCGACUGGUGCUGGGCGCCCGAGAUCGGCCUGCCCAAGCCCGACGCCGUCAUCUUCCUGGACGUGCCGGUCACGCAGGCGUCGACCCGCGCCGACUUUGGCCAGGAGCGGUACGAGACCACGGCGUUCCAGGAAAAGGUGUACCAGAACUUCCACGACAUCAUGGAGCGCACGACGCCCAAGUGGCACGUCGUGGACGCCACGGGCACCAUCGAACAGGUGCACGACGAGGUCAUGGCCAUCACCAAAGACACCAUUGCAAAGUACGCCGAGACGCCGCUUAACCACUUUGAAAAGUUGUGA